AUGUUAUUCCAAUAUUUUUUGUGCUUAUUUAUAGUAUUCGCAUCAACGAAUGGCCCCGGGAAGCUUAAAUGGACUACAGAUGGAAUAACAAUUAUGGGUAGUGGUUAUGGUACAGGUCCAGACCAAUUCCAAUUCCCGGAAAGUUUAUUUAUUGAACCAAAAACACAAAUAUUAUAUGUUACUGAUGUCUCAAAUAAUCGCGUACAAAAAAGAUAUCCAAAUGGUGAAAUCAAAACUGCAGCUGGUCAAGCCAAUUGUGCAGGUGGGUCAACACCAGAUAAAUUGAGCGGUCCGAGAGAUGUUGUUGCAGAUGAAAAUGAAAAUGUUUAUGUUGUGGAUGAGGGCAAUCAACGAGUUCAAUUUUGGGAAAAAGAUGCUAAAAGCGGGCAAAUGGUUGCUGGUGAUGGAACUCGAGGUUCAUCAUUAAGUGAAUUUAGUUAUCCAUUUAGACUUACACUUGAUUCGAAGAAAAAUAUUUUCGUUUCUGAUACACAAAAUGAACGUGUAAUGAAUUGGUCAUCAGUAUAUAUUCCAAAAACAUCUGCUGGUAAAAUCGUAGCAGGUGGUCAUGGUGCAGGUCUCAAUCCAUAUCAAUUGAAUGGUCCCGUUGGUUUAUAUUUAGAUGAACCAAAGGAUGACUUAUAUAUAGCAAAUGGAAAUUCACAUUCAGUAACACAAUAUAAUAUGGACAGUUAUGGAGAUAAAAUAAUAGUUGCUGGUAUUCCCGGACGACCUGGUAAUAGUGCAGCUCAACUCUACAGUCCUGAAGGUUUAACUCGUGAUAAAUAUGGUAAUUUAUAUAUUACUGAUUGUGGAAAUCACAGAAUCCAGAUGUUUUGUCCAGAUGCUGUGUUCGGUAUUACUAUUGCGGGUACAGGAAGAAUGGGCAAUGCAAGUAACGAACUAAAUUUACCUCGUGCUGUGGCAUUUGAUUCCGACUUGAAUUUAUAUGUUACAGAUACAUAUAAUUAUCGCGUACAAAAAUUCAAUAGAAUACAAUAA